AGGUGUGUACAUGUGAAGUCUAUUGAUCCCCAACCGCCGUCCUGUGAGACACUUGCCUUCACCAUGGAGCCGGGGAAACACAUCUGCGCCGCGGUAGUCCUGUUGGGGUACGUUAUUUCAAUAAUAUCGACUUCAACAAGCCCGAUAUAUCAUGUAAGCUACCAACGUCUUGCCGAUGCAACACAAGUGCCACCAACGUCUCAGCAGGAACAUACCAUUUCGACUGACAAAGAAGCCCCCACAGACAAUGUGCAGACCACGGUAGAACAGGAUACAGCAACUUCAUCCGGUGGGAAUGGAGUGACAGCCUUGGGAACAGCAAUAUCUACAAUAACAAGGUUGGUAACAACGUCAUUAGUUGACUCUAGUACUGAGUCUGACACUGUUCAGAACACAAACACGACAGCAACAGACGCGUUUACAAUUGUGGAUGCCCAAAGUACUGCAAACAGUGCCACGGGCGUUGUAACGGCAGCUGUUACAACUGAAAAGUCUUUCGUUACUACCGAUACUGUUACAACAACUGAUACAGUAACCCCGGUCAUUACUACUGAUGUUGGCAUAAAUGACGCAACUGGGUCCACCACCACUGACACCUUCAUCACUCCAGUUACAACUGAUCCUGUCAUUACAACGAAAGCUGGUACAGCAUCUGUAAAAACCGAGUCUGGCCUUUCCACACAUGCUAUCACGCCGUCUAUCACAACGGAACCUGUUCAAACAACAUAUGUUUCUACACCUGCAACAACAGAGAAUGUCAUUACCGACAAUGGCAUAACAACACCCGUUACCACAGAUUCUGCCCUUACCACUGAUGCAAUUGCAACAUCUAGUAGAACAGAAGAUGUCAUUACAACUGAUGCUGGUACAACGUACGUCAAUACACAACCUGCGAUAACCACGUAUGUUGUAGCAACAGCAGCCACUUCACAGCCAACCGUCAUCACUAAUGCAGCCACAGCACCUGUUACACCACAACCUGGCCUUAUAAUAAUUACCACUAACGCGGUUACAGCAUCAGUUAUAACACAGUAUGACCUUCCCAGUGGCGCGGUUACAACGCCGGUUACAACACAUCCUGGCAUUACCACUGGUGCUAACACAAUAUCGAUUACAACAGAUCCUAUUUCUACCACCAACGCGAAUACAACAUCACUUACACCACAGCCUACCCCCACCACCAUCGCUGAUACAACAUCUGUCACAACAGAUCCUAUUUCUACCACGAACGCCGUUACAACAUCAGUAACAAUAGAACCUAUCUCUAUCACUAACGUCGAUACAACAUCUGUUACAGCAGAAACUAUUUCUACCACCAACGCUGAUACAACACCAGUCACAACAAAUCCUAUUUCCACCACCAACGCUGUUACAUCAGUUACAACAGAACCUAUUCCCACUACCAACGCUGAAACAACAUCAGUCACAACACAACUCAUUCCCACGACGAACGCCGAAACAACAUCAGUUAAAACAGAUCCUAUUCUCACCACCAACGCCAAUACAACGGUAUUUACAACACAACCUAUCCCAACCACCAUUGGCUUUACAACAUCAGAUGUCACAUAUCCUAUUUCUACUACCAACGCUGUCACAUCAGUGACACACUGCCUACCCCCACCAUCAACUCUGAUACAACAUCGGUCACAGCAGAUUCAAUCUCUACCACCAACACUGGUACAACAUCAGUCACAACAGAUCCCAUUUCUACAACCAACGCUGUUACAUCAGUCACAACACAGCCUACCCCCGCCACCAACGCUGUAACAACAUCUGUCACAA